AUGACCCACCGCGCUCGAGUGGAAAACUUGGCUGAGAAGAACAUGUCCAUAGAACUCAUCGAAGAGGUUCAAAACGGUGAGGACUCGUUCAAGGUUGUUGUCAAAUACACCGAAACAGGCAAGAAUGAUAGAAUCGUAAUAGAAGGGCCAUCUUGUUCUGAUCCAUUGGAAGCGCUCAAAAAGGGUGGCGAGAAAGCAGGGGCUGAAAUGGACGUAGAAAUGCGGAACUACUUAGACAAUAUGGAUAUGAGCGGGUGGGAUUAA